AUGGACGAGCCCUCGGUGCAACUACACCUGGAGAUCCGUGACGCCGUUGUUCGCGCUCUCGCAACGCGCCGCCCAAUCCUCCAUCACCUCAACGCCGAUACCUCCUGGCUCCUUCAAAUACCCCGUCCCGCCAACGCAGUCAAGCACGGUGCCCGCAUAUACUACAACAUCCUAAUCGAUCCGUGGUUUGUGGGUGGACAAAGCGAUGUCGCAAAGUGGUUUAGCCAGCAAUGGCACGCGACGGAGAGCGCGGUAAAGAGCAUUUCAGAAGUGGAAGAACUGGCACGACAAGUUGAGAUUCUCGCCGGAGGCUUCAGACCAAGCAAGAGCCGGAAGCGCAAAGUAGAGGCCAUAGAAGACGAAGAGAGUUAUAUCGACUGCGUAGCCAUCAGCCAUGAAUUCACCGAUCACUGCCACAAAGAAACGCUCCUCGAAGUUCACGGCGACGUCCCCGUCUUCGCAACAGAGCAAGCUGCCAAACUCAUCACGUCCUGGUCCCACUUCCGCACCGUCCUCACCACCCCAACCUUCCCCUGCACCGCAGACUGGCACGACUACAGCCUCCCACCCCUCCCUUCCUGGCUCUCCAUCUCGCGCCUCACCGCCCCCAACGACGCCCUAUUCUACCACUCCGCCCUCCUCAUAACCUUCUCCACACACCCCUUCCUCUCCAGCUCCACACCCCGAAAACGCCUCUCCACACUAAGCAUCAACGGCGACGGCGCCGAAGCAGACUUUUCCUUCUCCCCUUCUUCUUCUUCCGCCACCAGCGAAGCCGCCGAAUGCGUCAUCUACACCCCACAUGGCAUUCCGCACACCGCCCUGGCCCCCGUCGCAACUGCGGAGCCCGCACUGCACACGCUGGCGUUUCUGCACGGGCUACACGACGUUUCGAUAUCUGCGGCUCAGCAACUUAAUCUUGGGGCGAAGAAUGGGGUUUUGGCGCAGAGGCUCGUCAAGGCAAAGUAUUGGGUCGGCACGCACGACGAGGUUAAACGCGGAGGCGGGUUUGUGAGUUGGUUUUUACGCAGGAAGGUUUGGAGGGUUGAGGAUGCGAUUAGAGAGGUUGGGGGCGAGGGAGAGGUGGAGGAUGUGAGGUUUAGGGAGGUGGGGAAUGGGGAGAGUAGGGUUCUUGAGUGA